ACCGCGCCGCUCGCUCUCGCCCGCUCCACGCGCACCUCUGGAAUGGUUUAGCACAAUAGUCUCCCACUUUGACGUUGACGAGACGAAACUUCAUCAUCACCGAGGAUCUUGUGUUUUUUUUACUCUGGUUUAUGUUUGUUCCUACAUGACUGGCGCGUUCGGGAGCGAGUCGCCACCACCAUGCGAGCCCAAAUUGAAGUCAUACCAUGCAAAAUCUGUGGAGACAAGUCAUCAGGGAUCCACUAUGGAGUCAUCACAUGUGAAGGCUGUAAGGGUUUCUUCAGACGCAGUCAACAGAACAACGCCUCCUACUCGUGUCCACGUCAGCGCAACUGCCUGAUUGACAGAACAAAUCGCAACCGCUGCCAGCACUGUCGGCUGCAGAAGUGCCUGGCUCUGGGCAUGUCCCGGGAUGCUGUUAAGUUCGGCCGCAUGUCUAAGAAGCAGAGGGAUUCUCUGUACGCAGAGGUUCAGAAGCACCAGCAGAGACUGCAGGAGCAGCGGCAGCAGCAGACAGGUGAUGCGGAGGCCCUUGCCCGGGUGUAUUCCUCCAGCCUCACCAACGGCCUCAGCACCCUCAACCACGAGAUUGGAGGCACGUACGCCAAUGGUCACGUCAUAGAUAUGCCUAAGGGUCAGACCAAUGGUGCUCCCGGAGGCUACUACGGCAUGGACUCCACCCAGCCCAGCCCAGAUCAGUCUGGACUGGAUAUGACUGGAAUGAAGCAGAUCAAACAGGAACCCAUUUAUGAUUUAACCCCUGUUCCCAACCUCUUUACCUAUGGCUCCUAUCCAGACAGCCAGCUAGUGCCUGGAGUUUCCAUGGGGGAAUUAGACCGAAUUGCUCAGAACAUCAUAAAAUCACACCUGGAGACGUGUCAGUACACAGCAGAAGAGCUACAGCAACUAGCCUGGCAGACGCACUCCUACGAAGAGGUCAGGAUGUACCAAAACAAGACACGGGAUGUGUUGUGGCAGCAGUGUGCUAUACAGAUAACUCAUGCCAUUCAGUAUGUGGUUGAGUUUGCUAAGCGCAUCGCUGGCUUCAUGGAGCUUUGUCAGAACGACCAGAUCUUACUACUGAAAUCAGGCUGUUUAGAAGUUGUGCUGGUCAGAAUGUGUCGGGCAUUCAACCCUCUCAACAACACAGUUCUGUUUGAGGGGAAAUAUGGAGGCAUGCAGAUAUUUAAAGCUCUGGGCUGUGACGAUCUGGUCAGUGCAGUGUUUGACUUUGCCAAAAGUCUGUCUUCGCUGCAGUUAACAGAGGAGGAGAUAGCCCUGUUUUCUGCUGCAGUGCUCAUUUCUACAGACCGGCCGUGGUUACUGGAGCCUAGGAAAGUGCAGAAGCUACAGGAGAAAAUCUACUUUGCCCUGCAGCACAUCAUGCAAAAGAACCAUAUGGACGAGGAUGCGCUGGCCAAGGUGAUCAGUCGGGUCCCCACACUGUCAGCCCUUUGCACUCUCCACACAGAGGAGCUCCAGGCCUUCCAGCAGCUCCAUCCAGAGACGGUCAAUAUGCUCUUUCCCCCCCUCUAUAAGGAGCUCUUCAAUCCUGACGCUGCUAGCAUCAUGCCCAAAUGACCACACAAGUUCACACCCACAUUUUGCAUAAAGAACAGGUCUUUCAUUCACGAUAAAUGGGCUGCCCAUGGAAGGUGUCAUUGAUGUUCUUGAUGAGCAUUGUGUCGCAGCAUUCAAGGCAUUUUGCCGCCACAAAAAAUAAACUCUAGGAUUGUCCUGCACUUAAAAAAUCCAUCUCAAUUUCACCGGUACAGUCAUAAGAAUGUAUAUAUGCGCCAGCAGCAAAAGGCGCCUUCAAUUUGACCAGAAAUGUACAGACUUUAGGACAAUUUAUGCUGUCUUUAAAAUUGGGUAAGUUUAUUUGUUUGUUUGAAUUCUCUUUUUCUAUAUAAAAUAUUGUUAUAUUGAAAUGAGGGUGGGGGAUUGUAUUCAAAAAUGAUAAAGAUGUAGUCAUUUCUCUAGUACAAGGCGGUAUUCCAGUAUUAAAUCUCGCCCUGUUAAUAUUUUAGUCAUAAUUUAAAAACAAAAGUGGCCUGAAAGGCCCAUACCUUGUCUAUGUAAUUUUUUGUAUUUGUUUUGUAGUUUUACCUGUACAGAAUUUGUGAAGUUGAACCUGUAUAAGGUUAACAGGGGACUAACUUUGUUUGGCCAUGUUUAAAAGCCUUGUCUGGGCUAUGUAGAUAUGUAAAAACAGCACUACAACAUUAAUCCUACAACAAAGGAUUUUUGAGGUGUAAUGGAUCCUUUUCCAUACGAAAGUAUAGAUAUAUAUUUUAAAAAUCUUGUUAGUCAUAGCUGCAAUAACAGAUACUGUAAUGCAUUAACUGCUGAAAAACAAUCCAGUCAAAAGUGACUUUAUGGGAAGCCCUCAGAACUGCUUCUAAUCUAUAAUCAUGUUUGCUCCAAUGCCUCAAAAUACAGUUCUUAAUGCCACACUGCCAAAACAAGAACAAUAGAGUAAUGCAGCAACAUUAUAGCCCUCUUUCUGUAGAAACAUAAGUAGCUAGCAUGCAAUCAGCUCUUAUCAGUUAACGCCACUGAUUUUUCAAGUCCACUUAACUUGUUUCUGCUGCCUCGUUUGAAAAUUCUCAUUUAUUAGCAAUAAGGUUAUAAAUGCCCAGGUUAAGGAGGGUCUGUGAUAUUCUUAAUUGCAUAGCAAGAGUAACACUCAAAGCACUCACUCUCUAGUUUAAACACCAAUGAAAACAUCUAAUAGUUCCAUUCUAUUCCAUUGAAAUCACUUGAGAUAGAAGUAAUGUGUCAUAAGCCAUCAAGUUAGAUUGGGGCAUAAACCUAGUCUUAAUAAUCUUUAAGGAAUGUGUACAGGAUUCCUAUUGGAUUUUGAACAAUUAAUAAUAAGAAUCCUUUAAGAAAUGUAUAAGAUCUUUCUGGAUAAACUGAAAUUCCUCUAUCAGUUUCUUUAUUCUUUCAUAAAUGUUCUACUCAAUCAUCAUUGGGACAUUAGGAAUAAAACAAGGAAUCUGAUUUGGGUUUAGGUGAUUGUCUUGGAAUUUAGUUGGCUAAGAAACUAUUUGAGCAUUUAAAUUCAGUCAUUUUUUAAGCAAGCAGAGAGAUGUUCCCUGUAACUCCUGGGAUAUACUGUUGUAAGACUAUAAAAGCUUAAAUGGCAGUGUAAUUGACAAUCAUCUUUGAGUCAUUGAAAGAUGUCAUUGAACAUUCAGUGCUCACAUUGCAGUAAAGAACCACUAAGUGCAGCUACUGUAGGAAGAGUGUGUCACUCAUACAUUAUAAGAUACUUUAAAUCAUUAUCUUGUUAGGACAGUAUAGGUUGGGACCUUCUGGGUCCAAUAAAGUACCAUCUCACACCACCAGAUGGAGAUACUGAGUGCGCUUCUCCCCUUCCCUUGACCUGUACUUACAGGAUCUAAAGCCAUAUGGAAAAAAAAAACUUUACAUUACUGUAACACAAGGUAGGAGCUGACAUAUUCGGUUUCACCGAACAGAGAAUUUUUAAUAUUUGGAGCUUUUCAAAAUGCACUUGAAAGCACUUAACUAACAUUAAUUAAUAACCACAGAUACAUGGUAUUAAAUAAAUGCACAAAUAAAUUCUGCUGAUAAGCAAUCAUUUUAUCUUUUUCAAGUCCUCCUACUUAACAAAACACUCUCAGUCCAAAUUUAGGGAAUGUUUCCAUUUCCCUUUAUGUCAGUUUCCUGUUCAAGACAAUCAUUUCUGGGUGCAAAUAUUUCAGCAUCCCUCUCAGGGACUUCUCUUUGAAUAUUUUCAAUAGAAAGAGAGUACUAUUUUAAAAAUAUGGACAUUUUUAGGGAAUACAAAUACAAUCGCAAUGGUUUCUUCAAAUAUGGAACCUACUCAGACAAGGCUUUGGUGUGUGUAUGUGUGUGUAUAUGUGUACCCAUCGUUGAGAGACGAAAUAGGCUGAAUUCACUGGCUGGCCUUGCCACACUGCAUUCCCAGCAAAGAGUUCUUUCUCUCUCUGUAAAUAUCAAUGUGCAAGCACCAACAGUGGUGCCUGUGCUCCAAAUUAAGACAUUGUAAUUAGUAAUCAUCUCCUGAAAUGAAAUGGAUUUUAUGUAAGUUAGAUUAUUUAUACAGAGCAUGAAUAAGGUGCUCUCUAUCUAUUUCUGUGCUCAUUACAGAAAAUGUAUUCUGUCAGAAAUCACAUUUUAAACUUAUGAAGGCUUUUUUUAUUUUAUUUUAUUUUUUUGUAUUAGACUGUGAAUUGAUGUCAAGAGGCAUUUGUGACUAUAUAAGAGUUUCAAAACUGUUAGGUACUGUAGCAAUAACUGGAAGCAUUUACUACAGUCAUGUUUGCAUUCUAAGAUUAUUUUUAUUUUAUUAUAAUGAUAUUACUAUUAGCCUAAUGUUGUUCAGUUAUCUUUGCAUGCUGGUUUAAAAUAAUGAACCCUUUGGGCUUUUGUGUUUUCUUAUAUGUUGCUGACAUGGGGAGGGCAGCAGGGUAGGUUGAUUGGGGUCAAUUUAUUCUGAAUGUUACCGGGGAGGUUUUCAAUUUUUAAGACUCAAUGAAACACACCCUGCUCAUUCUGUUAACACACAUACAUGCACAAUAAAGUAUUUAUUACUGUGUAGGAGUAGAAUAAAAGGGCACUUACUCACGCUUACAGAAUACUGGUUUAAAGGGAUAGUUCACCAAACAAAUUUAAUUCUGUCAUCAUUUAUUGACCCUCAUCUUGAUCCAAACCCGUAUUACUCUUUUUCUUCCGUGGAACACAAAUGUAGAUCAUCAGUCACCAUACACUUUCUUUAUAUGGCUAAACAAUGCAAUGAAAGUGAAUGAUGACUGAAGAAAGAAAGUCUUAUGGGUUUGUAACAACAUGAGGGUGAGUAAAUGAUGUUAGAAUUCAAAUAUUUGGGUAAACUAUUCCUUUAAUGCAUGCACUUGCCCUACACUUGACAUGAAGGAAACAAGUGUGUGUCUGUGUGUUUGUACUGUUUUCCCAUGUAUGACCACAGACAGCUAUGUUCUACUGAAGUUCAUCCAACACUACUUACUGAUGCAUACCACACAUCAUUAAUUUUGUUCAUUUUCAAAUCAGAAUGUGUCUGCCUCCCUGGAUGGAGAAAAAAAAAACAAAGGUAGCAUCUGUUACCAAAACCCUUAAGACUGUACUUAGUGUACAGAAACCUUUUAAUGUACUAAUUAAGUAAAAGAACAACAUUUUGUUUUCAAGUGGCAUUGCUAGUGUACUGUGACGCUGAAUGGCAUGCAGGGUAGAUGCUUUACUGUAUAAGUUGUUUACUUGAGAAGCAAUCAAAAAGUGGAAUUUUAAUGCAUGGGGGGUUGGGGGGGGUCUGUUAACUUGCCAAGAGUGUGAGUGUGUAUGUACAUGUGUGCGAGCUGGAUUGUAAAACAGAAUAUAAGUGAAGGGUGACUAGCACUUUGUGUAAUGAAGUGAAUAUAUGUGGUUUGUAUGUGUAUGAGUGAGCAGGGGUUUGAGUUGAAGUGCGAGCAUUGUGGAAUGGACAUGUUAAAGUACUGAUUAAUUGAGACCAUAAGGUGUCUCCUCCAAGUUGUAAAUACUAAGCGAUGGACUUAAGUGAUUUUUGUUAAAUUCUAUAUUUUAUGGCUUUUGUAGACAUUUCUUUGAGGGAUAAAAAAAUAAAGUAAAUUU